UAUGUCAAGUAUCUGUUUGACACAUUUGAUGUUGCUUGAAAUGCAAGCCGCGUGGUGAAAACGUGAAGAAAAUUUGCUUUAAUUCUUUUUGUGCUUUAUGAUAGUUAUAGAUUUUGGAUCAAUUUGAUAAUGGAUUUGAUCUUAAGUAGUUUUAUCUCCGAUGAAUCAGAACAGGUUAUACCAUGUCGUGCUGAGCAGUCUAUAACAAAUUACAAAAAUGCAGAAAUCUCUAUGAACUUUAGCAAAGUACAAGCUGCUAAUGUUAUUGUAGCGCGUAAACGUGGUAAUAAUGCGAAUGAAAUUAAGAGUUUAUUAGCUAAAGCGAUUGCGAAAAAGUCUUCCAGAGGCAUCCAUCAACCAAUACUUCAACAUUCAAGUAUCGAAGAUUCUAAAGAUAUAGUUUGUGAGCAAAACAAUCAAGAUACCAGUUGCAACAAAUCCUCCAAUGUAAUUGCAGCUGUAAAACCAAUUGUGUUUCUUAAAACAAUACCUACUAAGAUUCAAAAUUCACAAUUUCGUCCAGUCGAAGAAAAGUUGUUCAGUAAUCAUUCAAUUGAAUCGCUCGAUAUUCACUCACAUUCGAAGAAAAAUAUAGCUGAUUUACUGCACUUUAAACAGCUUACUAUGGUGCAAAGCAAAGCAAUACCUUUGUUACUUAAGGGAAAUGAUGCACUUAUUCGUGCCCAAACUGGUUCUGGGAAGACAUUCGCUUAUGCUGUGCCUCUAGUAGAAAACCUGCACGUGAUAAGACCUCAGAUAAGCCGAUCCGAAGGUAUUAAGGCUGUAGUGAUUGUUCCAACACGCGAGCUUGCUAUACAAACCUACGAGUUAAUACAAAAAUUGUUAAAGCCAUUUAAAUGGAUCGUAGCUGGAUACUUAACUGGAGGAGAGAAGCGUAAAACUGAGAAAGCCAGGCUUCGUGCUGGUUUGAAUAUACUCAUCGCAACGCCUGGACGCCUCUGUGACCAUAUUCGUAAUACAGAAUCCCUUAAAUUCACUGAUAUUCGGUGCUUGGUAUUAGAUGAAGCUGAUCGUUUGCUAGAAUUAGGAUACGAGAAAAAUGUGAAGCAAAUAAUCGACGCGAUUCAUAAUGGACAACAAGGCAUUCAAUUCAAUAAGAUACAAACUGUUCUUCUGUCUGCUACAUUAACCGCUUCGGUGAAGGAGCUAGCCGGAUUAACAUUAAACGAUCCCGUAUUUAUUGAAACAAGUGAGGUCUCUCUUUCUCAGACUUCUUCUAGCAAUGAUAUGCCAUAUUGCGUAGAUCAACUUCUUAACAUUACAGAAUAUGUUUCUAUGCCUGAUACAGUGAAACAACGAUAUCUAAUAGUUCCACCUAAAUUGCGUUUUGUAGCAUUAAGCGCAUUAAUUGUGACUGAGCAACGAAAGAAGCCUUCAAAACUACUUGUUUUUAUGGCAACGCAAGAUCUAGUUGAUUUUCAUUACGAUGUUAUGAUCGAGGUGCUCACUUUGCAGAAAUUUGGUACAAACUGCUUAAAUGAAUCUAGUAAUGUUGAGAAGGAUCUUUGCAUUGGAGUUGACAACAAAAAUGAGUCAGGAAAAAAUGCUUUGUUGCCUGGUUUAAAAUUCUACAAACUUCACGGUCGUAUGACACAAAUUGAACGAUGCUCAGUGUUUCAUGCAUUCCGGGAGACAACUGCAGCGGUUCUCAUUUGUACCGAUGUAGCUGCGCGAGGCAUCGACAUUCCUUUAGUUGAUUUAGUUGUACAGUAUCAUGCUCCACAAAUACUAGCUGAUUAUGUACAUCGUGUAGGACGAACAGCGCGAGCAGGCGAAUCAGGCAAAGCGGUACUCUUCAUUGAGCCAUCUGAAAUGGAUUUCAUAAAGUAUCUCUCAAACAAACAUAUCAGAAUUAAAGAACAAUCAGCUACAGGUGUUAUUCGAAAUUUUGGCCGAUUUAUCAAUAGUGAUACAAAAUGCAAUUCCGAAUUAAAAGAGUAUCGAGCAGUUGAGUUUCAACAUCGUUACGAGCAACUUAUAAAUGAAGAAAAUGAGCUGUUUGACGGUGCUAAAAAAGCCUUCACUUCUUGGGUAAGAUAUUACUCAAACUUUCCCAAAGAGCUAAGACAUAUAUUUUAUAUAAAAGCUGUUCACAUGGGUCAUUAUGCAAAAAGUUUGGGUCUUCGCGACGCUCCAAAACAUUUAUUGCAAGGUUAUACAGACCAGAAACACGGAGGCAAAGGUAAUCCUGUUUUUAAACGAAAAGAACAACAUAACAGCAAGCAACUCAACCUCUUACAAGAUAAAAAAAAAUUGUCUGGCAGGAACAAAGAUGAUUUAAGAUCCCUGAAACAUGGACGAUCUUUUGAACGGUCAAUUGGAAUCGGUUCCAGAAAUUUUGUAGAUUCUAUAAAACGAUCGCGUAUGCUCAACACUUCUGAAUUCGAAAGUGGAAUUAGUCCUGCGCGCAAAAAAUUAAAAGCAUUUAAAAACUAAGUGGAAUUAUUGCUACAGUUGAAUACUUCAUGAUUUAAAGAAUGUUGAUUAUAAAAAUAUCAUACUGCAAAUUUUGAUUCAUUCGAUUGUAUUAAACAUAGCUGGCGUGUAUUGUUUGCACUGUUAUAGGUAUCAUGGUCCUAGGGGCUGAGACCCUAGAACUUGAGUGAAACGAUGAUGAUGAGCGACCACGUGUCAUUGUUGGAUCGGAAAUAAAAUAGAAUAUGUUGUAACCAAAUGAA